AGUGACCAUUAUAGUCAUAACCCGCAUCGUGGAAGCAAAAGCUUCGUUCAUGCGGACGCGACUAUUGUGUACUACACUAGUUAAUCUCCUACAACUGUAGUUACUUGUCGUUGAACUUGACAACUUCACCGAUUGCAAUUGUUGUCGAUCCAUCUGAUACUCCUUUUCAUUUAUGGUAAUUGCUCGUCUUCCAGUGGUAGUUGUUUUUCUCUCUUAGGGCUAGCAGACAGCAGGGUCGGAGAGAGAAAACCACCAUGACGUUCGACAUGGAGCUCGGGUUCCCCGCGGUGGCGGAGCGUGGCCGGCGGUUCGAGAUUUUGAUCCAGGACGGUGCCAUAGCAGUACCCGGAGCCCAUACCGAUGUCGAGCGUCUCUACGGGGACCGAGUUACGCGCCAUAGCCUGGUGCUGCAGGUCCCAAACAUAACCAUCUGGCAACUCACUUCCGGGCAACCAAGCAGCUCGGGCAUAGAACUCGAGGGAAUCGGUACUGAGUUGGAUAAUUUCUUCGUGCUUGUUUUUUUACCACUUGUCUAAGUUGACACGUUUUGCAUUUUUUCUUGUUCUGUUGUGGCCGCGGAAUGCAAGAAUGAAGAUUUUUAACAACGCUUGUCCACCACCCUUAGAAGUGGCCAAUAUCGAUCGGAACAUUAAGUACCGUUACCGAUUCGAUACGACUAGAACAUACUUCACUCUCACUAAAAAAAUCGCCUCAGCUACCUUCGAGCGUCUGGAGGUUGGUGCGCAAGGGGUUUCCGCCGAAGUCCGCCGCGGGAAGAACAACGCGCUCUUCAUUGACCUGACCGGCUUCGAUAACCUCUCUGCGGGGGAUCUACUGUCUCUGAAACACCGUGGGUAUUUCCCGGUCCCGCUCAUCCUUUACUACACCAGUGACCACGACGCCGAGCUCAGUAAGGCGCGCAACAGUACAGCCAGAAGUUCUUCUCGAAGUAAGCGAAAGACCACUGCCAGCGUCGAUGACGACGAGUGGGAAAUGGUGCAGAAACUGCACCCCAUUCACCUCGAGGCUUUCGUGCACAUGGAUUGCCGCGUGCCGACAAACGGGGACCACCCGGACGUCGCCUGGUACCGCGGUGAGUUAGACCGCCAGAUUCCGCGACUCCGCAGCGCGCACACGGCUUUGGUGGCGGAGCACAAGAAAAGGAAAGCGGAGGAAGAGAAGAAGCAAAGACUAAGAGACCGGCAAAUGCUGGAAGAAGAGGAAAGAAAGGCCACUAUGUACGAAGAGGAACAGAAAAGGUACGAAUCAAUAUCAAUUUAUUUUACGCAUAAGUACUUUUUACCAGAGUCAAUGCUGUGUGAUGUUCCUUUUCCGCAUCUGUCUGUCGUGAUUUUUCUCGAGUUGGUUGUUUGGCUCAUCUUACUUCGCAAUGAUACGCUCUGCGACCACGACGACUCCACGUGAACAUUCGCAUCGCUGCAUGAUGCAUUCAUUUUAUCGCCCGAGUGUGACCACAUCUUCAAAAACUCAAUCAGGUUGGCCGCGAUGCACGUGAAGCGUCAGAGUCAGUUGGCGGAGAUAUAUGCGGAGCAGCAGCGUACUGGUGAGAUCGUGCCGACGCCGCGGACCGGAAACACUGGCGUCAACUACGGAAACCAUGGAUCCUUGCAGAUUAUGACGCCGCGGCUGCCCUCGUCGGGCUCCUCGUCUUCCAUAAGAACGCUCAGCGUGCGGGGCGCUUCGCGCCACAUCGACAAGGUGUCGGUCAACAAAAUCGAUCUGGCCGAAGUGAAAAGUCUGGACUUCAGAAAUCCAGGGCCGAUCUUGCACAUCAGUAUAAUCUUCUUGUUCACCCUUAGUUCCUUGUUGCUUUCGUCACGUUUUCAUCUUUGUUGAAAUCGAUCUAGAAUAGAGACUUGUUCUAUGUUGUACUAACACGUCUUAGCGACAUACAAUUCCAAUUGCUACGCAGUACUAGCAAGGCCAAAGGACGAUGAUGUAGAUCAUGCACUGUUAUAAAAAUUUCGCUCAUUGAAACCACACGACCAGGUCACACGCCACUCGCGGGUGAUAACGAACCUAUUCUUGACUCGCCGAAACUCGAGCCGGAGCGGAUGUUUUACAUGAAGCGUGACAUCGUGGAGCACCAGUUGCGGGCGUUGAAGCCCACCUCUGACCUGGAGGACGAGAUUGCGCUGUUGAAGCUUCGCAUCCUGAAGCAGCUGAUUUUCAAGAAGGCGCACGAGAUUUUGGGUACGACGCACGAGGAGCGCGAGGUCUACACCUACUGCGAACUUUUCCCGCGAUUGUGGGAUGUCGUCCCGGAAAACCGGUUUGCGGAGAAGCCGCCAAAGCUGGCCCGCGGCUCCAUGAUCGUGAUGACCAUGAACAUGCUGGCCCGGGGUUUGUCCAGCGGGCCGGCGGGCGACCCGGAACUCCGGUACAUCCCGCCGAAGCCGAAGAUCGUGCACAGCUUCGAGGCACCCGUGCGCACCACCACGCGAUACGGCCGGACCGUGCACGUGGAACGACCGCAGGAGUUUGUGCAGAGCAGUUCUUUGCGGUAUGACACACUGUACGAGGGCGUGAAUCGACCGCACAAGGCCACCUGGGUGGGGGACCAUAGUCCGCGCAUGAUGGGCAUACCGGUGGAGCCCUUGAGUCCGCGGGAGGAUCUCGCCAGAGGGGGGUUGUUGCUGCGCAGAGGAGCAGGAGCAGGUGGCGCAGCUGCAACUACCGGAGGAGACCACCAUAUCCAUCUGGGCGGCAUUAUGGUACCCACGAUCGGCGACCCAAAUCUGGUUGCACCCCAAGUCAAGACGGAUCAUCUUCACGAGAAUGUGCACAGCGGCCAGCACGUACCGCAUUUAGACUUGCCCGCGCACCUUGCCGAGCCUCCCAUACUAGCGGCGGGCGCAAGCUCGGUUCCGGUGCCACACCACCUGAAGUUUGGCGGCGGUCCCCGGCAGCAGCGCAUCUCGCUCGAGGCGAGCAAUAUGCUACCACCGACCGCGACGCCGCGACCAUUGCAUCCGGCCUUGCAGAAGUUCUCCGGCAGCGCCAGGUUGCAACUCGACCGCACCCGACUGGCAAAGCCGCAGGUUGAGCUUAAGGAAGUGCCGAGUCUGUUGGACCUGAGGGCCAAGAUGAUGGAUGCUGUCACUCCGCGCGACGGAAUGAACUCCAUAGUGCCUCCGCUUAUCAUGCAGCUAGGUGGCGGAACAAACAAGAUGAACGGUACGCGUCCGGGAGCGCCGCAAUGGACGAAGAAUAUUCCGCAGGUCACACCGCGAGGGCUUUCUCCCCGCGAGGUGCAAAUGGUGCAAGGGCCGGCAACUGUCCGGACCUUCGCGGAAGGGUACCACAGGAUGAGCAAGGCAUCACAGUUGUCCUCCAAUCCUCCAGAGGAGGAGAGGUGGAACACCGAGGACCACGAGGAACACGCAUCUGGAUCACUUUCCGAGGACCAUGAUCUGCUUGUCAGCGACAGUACCAGCAAAGACCCGAAGCCCGCCGAACAAGGGGAUAGCAGCGAUGCACUGCAGUCCGAGGAGCAAUGGCAAGACGAAGAGAUUCUCGAAAUUCAGGUGACCAAAGAAAGGUCGGAUGUCGGAACAACUGCCGUAGCUGGUGUCCAACAAACGGCUUCCGCCUCCGCUUCCAGCAGCGCGGCCGCUGCAGCUGCGGCGGUAGAAGAGUCAGUCCCACUCCAGGAUGAGGAUGAGCUGCUUCACGCACAGUCUCCAUCCAUUACCUUCGCUCCCGGACCUGCGCACGAAGAGAUUGUUGAGAUCGAAGCAGCAGAUGCGCCAGAUAGUGCACGUGUGUCCCCGAGGCACAACGACGGGGAACACCAGAGAGAGGCUGAGGACAUGUCGAUUACUUCUCUUUCCGCGGCAUCAAGUCAGAAAGAGCAGCCGCAACAGCCAGCUGUCAACCAGCAGGAGGAUGAACCAGCCGUAGAGGCGCAAAAUUUCGUCGCAGAGGUUCUACCGACAUCAUCUUCGAGCGCUUGUAGCAGUAGUGAUGAAAAGCGGGUAGCGCCUAUAGUUCCCAUGCUGCAGUUGAGCGACUCCAGCCGCAGUCGGCAAACCCCGGCUGGCAGCCCCACCGCGACAAACAGAAAUACUACAGAAUUUGUCUCGCUUGCGGAGGGGCACCACGCCACGCAGAUCGAGGAUCUCGAGCGGCUCGGAUCUGCCGAGCAACUCUACGUCGACUCGGAGGACGACCAGCCGCACACCGCGCGGACCGCGGGCGUGAAGUUUUCCGCGCGCGCGCACUUGGCCUUGGCCCGGGAAAACCCGUGGGUGAAGACGCAUACGCACCACAAGCUCCCACACACCAUUCACAAGCUGCGCAACACCCACUCCGUGCUGGUGCGCCCGCCGAAAUCCCCCGAGGUACCGGAGCGGCCGUUCCAGCCCGACGAGUUCCACGUCAAGCGCACCGAGAUCCUGGCGAGUAGCGCGAUCACGCACGGGCCCUUCAACCACACCAACGAGGUCGCGACCCCGUUCCAGCACAGCAACGUGCUGACCGGGCGCAACACGUACGGGAAGAAUCUAACCCGGGGCGAACUGCUCGGCCCCGAGGCUGCCAUUUUCGCGUGGGAGCUGCGCAAGUUGAAAAUUGUCGAGGAGGUGUUAAGAAACGACCCCACGGUGUUUGCGGUGCAGGAGUGCGACCAAUACCACGACUUUUUGAAGCCGUUCCUGGCCGAACUCGGGUACCAGGGCAUGUUCUGUCCGAAGUCCAACUCCGCGUGCCUGGAGCACGGGUACUACGCGGACGGGGUCGCACUGUUCUGGAAGUACGACGCGUUUGUGCUGAAGGAGAGGUACCGUGGGCUCACGUCCGCCGGGAGCCCCUGCGUGCUGGCUGUGUUAGAGUUUUACGACGGGGACCACAUCGACAAGUCGAUGCACGUCGCGUCGGAAGCCGCGCACCACGGCGGCAACGCCAGUCCCACGAUCGGCGGCUACAUGGUCCCGCAGGACCACAGCGCGAACAUCGAGCACGGUGGCACCAGCCAGGUGGCCAAGCGGGCGCAGCUCGCGUCGCGGAACACCAUCAUCCUGGCCAACGCGGAGGACGGGGACACACCCCGGGUAACCACCCCGCGCAUUAAAGUUUCCUGGUCCAACUCCUUCGGGCCGGAUGUGCAGAGUCCUUUCAACCGCAACGGCUCAACGACCGCGGUGGAACUGCUGCCGGAUACGGAUGAGGACGAGGCGAGCAAGGUGGUGCGGGCGCGACGGGACGGGAAGAGAAGGGUGAUUGAGUACGAGCCGGGCUACAUUCCGCCACGAAAGUCGCACCAAAUUGCGAAGAGAAAGCAAGAGGAGGGCGCCGGCCACUCGACGCCGCAAACGCCGCGGAUGGUAUCGGACAUUGCCGGAAUGAUGUUCGCGAACGCGCGCCCACCUAGGUUGAGUCGCGUGGAUUCCCAGCUUCCGCCCGCGUCCACGCUGUUUUCCCGCACCGCGGAGGAGACCGGCCACUUGCGCUACGGCGUCCAGCCGGUGCACGCGGUCCUGCCCGGAGGGAACACGGUGGAAACCGCGAAAUCCAUCCUGGAUUCGGUGCGCGAGAAGCCGCGGGAGCCAAUUUUGGCGCGCCCGUGCGAGGAAAUUUCGCUGCCAGACUUCGGGACCAUCUUUCAGGGCAGCGUCAAGCACAUUCCGCACAUUGCGGGGGCAGCAGGUGCCGCACCACACUUCCUGGACCAGCCGGCGUUGCCAAGCGUCAAUCUGGGUGCGCCUGCGCAGGCGCCGGCACUACUUGGAAGCAAGACGCCUUCGAAGCACGACGAACACGUGAAGAGUAUUGGCUCGCUGUCAGCGAAGGAGAAGGAGCGGCAGGAAAGGCGGAGCCAGGCCUUUAAGAAGCACAAAAAGGAAUACAUCAUGGUCUGCACCACCCAGCUCCGUGCGGGCAUCAACGAGGAGCUCCGGCGGGUGCAAGUGGAGGCAACCUUGGACCAGAUGGACGUUAUGCGGAUGGCAUUUGAGUCCGAGUACGGCCGCAAACUGGACGGCACGGUGCUGCUGGGGGAUUUGAACUGCAACCCGUUCGACCCCUCCGGUGCGGUGGAGACGGUGCUCCGGUCAGCUGAAAAUUUCCAGUCCGCCUACGAUUUGCCGGGCCGGGCGAAGGAUUUGGUCACGUUCGGGGGCCCCAGUCGGGGCUUGAAGGUGCCGGGAAAAUGCCCGGCGACAACCGUGAAGGCAAGCGGGAAGAAGGACAUGACCGAUUACAUUUUCACCUCCGGCUUCAACUGUAUCUCCCGCCUGUGGAUGCCCUUCGAGGAUGAGGCUGGGGAUGCGGGCACGUCGCUGCCAAGCAAAGCCUACCCCUCGGACCACUUUGCGAUCGCGGCGCAACUGUCUUUUCGAAAAGACAGCCCGAGGACUCCCGCAACCACUCCCCCAAAAAAGAAGCGCAGUAAGCGCGAGGAGGCAAGGCGCUAAGGGGGAGUAAGGCACUCAUAAUCAUGCGCACAGACGUGACUAAGACUACUAUUUUGUGCUUAGAUAGAACGUCUCUUCUUCUUCUAUUCCAUUUCCAUGCAUUGCAAUUGCAUCCAAGAUUAAAGUAUCAUGACAAAGUCGUACAUUCAUUCUCUGGUUUUUUUCGAUUGUACUCAUCCGAGGCAUUAUUGUGAUCCUAGUCACCGAAAAUCAAUUUAUUUUUCAUGAGUUUUGCGUAAGAACAACAUUUUUUUAGUUUACAAUUACAUUUGCACAGUUGAGUUUUAACAUUGUUUUUCGAUUUUGUGGCGUAUUUUUUUCAUAUUUAGUUUAGCAAUUUGAAUUUCAAUUUGAUUUCCAACAUUUACCUUCGAUUGUCUUUUCAUCUUUUUCAUACUCAAUCGGUGCGUAUAUGACCCAGCAGGUUUGAUAUCGCACCAUUUCGAUCAUUUCUACCCCUCUAUGACGUAGUCCGCAUGCCACUUUUCAUGUACAAGAUUUUUGUGCCCCAAUUUUCCCAUUUUCGUAGUUCCACCCCAAAGAACGUUGUGUAUGUUCUAGUCAGAAGCAGCAGAAGUAGAGAAUGUCUAUUUCUGUGUCGCAGUACUACGCGAUAGCGAUAAACAGUGGAUGAAGCACCUAGAACACUUCGUAGUACUACUAGCUCAAUGAAUGCUAGUGUCCUCUGCGGUGCGUAGUUUUAUCUGCUCGACUAUGUACAUGCCAACAAAUGAUAGACAUAGACCAUACACGGUUAACCUUUGAGCUUCGCAGC